GAAAUCUUGGCUCGCUUGGCACAUUCGCACACAGGCCCUGAUAGAAGUCGGUCCAGUUCCACUCGCAAUCGCAAUCAGAGUCUCAGUCUCAGUCUCAGUUUUAGCCUAGAAAUGAAAGUCAACGCUUUAUUGAUCAGCUUUGCAGUUGUGUUGGCAACAGUUGCCGUCGGCCAGGUUAGCGCAAAGUUUACGAUACGCACGCACGAGGACGCRGUGGASGCGCAYGAAGAGUGCCAGGAGAAGUACAACGUGCCCGAGGACAUUUACGAGCAGUACCUGAACUAUGUGUUCCCUGAGCACCGUCGCACCGCCUGCUACGUGAAG